AUGGCUGUCCCUCCAAAGAAAAUCGACCAUCCGUACCCUCUUAUAGACAAUGAUCCGUAUGUCACCCGUGUUGUACGAUACUUUCGACCGUCCGACUAUGCGACAAUUGCUCUUUCAACGGCGGCAGCUCCGGGUCUCUACAUGUUGAUGGAGGUGUGCGCACCACAAUACAUGGGAAGGACGGCAGUCAUGUCUGGAAUGCGAACGAGCGGACUCAUUGGCUUGACAGGCGGAUUCCUCAUCGCAUACCAACAGAGUUCUCUCAGGUUCUGGGGGUGGAGAGAAAACGAACGAGAGGUCAAGAUGGAUAUGAGAGAAAUGAUCAACAAAGUCAAAAAGAAGGAAUCUCUGUACGGCGAGAGCAAUUUGACACCCUAUAUGCAAGGUGUCGCUGCUAGGAAUAGCCGGUACUCACAAUUAAUGCUAUACGUUUUCCCAUGGUUCAAUCUCGCAAAUCAUGACCAGCACGGCGUUGAUACCGCAAAAUACUAUCGGGCCGCAGAAGAAGAAAUGGAGCAGGAGAGGCUAGCUAAGGAAAAAUCGAGCUGA